ACAAUGACACCUUGUUCUUGUAUUGUCCACCACCUCACAUCCAUUUCUGUUCUUAGGUAGAGAGAGAGAGAGAUCUCUUCUUUUUUUUUUUUGUAGAAGAUGAGAAACAGAUCCAAGCCAAGUCAUGGCAGUAGAAACCUAGGAGUUGUUGAAGAAAAGCUAAAAGAAGAGCCCCAUUUAUCUGGUGCUUAUAUCAGGAGCCUAGUGAAACAGCUUACUUCUUCAAGAAACAGGGCUUCUUCUUCAUCAGAAGAGGAUAGCAUGAAUGGGAAAAGCCCAGAUAAUGAGAGCCCUGAUUUCCCCAAAACCCCAGCUAAAUUUAAUGGAGGUUUUGGAGAAAACGAACAACCAAACCAGCCUCAGGUUAAGAAACAAGUUAGGAGGAGGCUCCAUACUACUAGGCCUUACCAAGAGAGGCUGCUAAAUAUGGCAGAGGCUAGGAGAGAGAUAGUAACUGCUCUAAAAUUCCACAGGGCAGCCAUGAAACAACAGAACAUAAAUAGUUCUCAAGACUCUACUGCACCAUUGUCAUCAGAAACCAAUAACAAGAUCAAAUCAAGGAGAAACCCAAGAAUUUAUCCAUCUAGUACUUCAUUCCCUGAUUACCCCAUCUUCUCUUCCUCGUGUUCUUCUCUCUCCAGUUCUACUCCUUGCUCAUCUUUCUCUCCUUCUCUCUCUACUUCCCCUCCCUGCUUCCCUUGGGUUUCUCCGACCCUUUGUGCGCCGCUAACCUGCAAUGAGCUGCCAUUGCCACAGCAAACUCUUGGCCUGAACCUAAAUUUGCAGCAAUGCUAUAACAGCUUCUAUUGCAACAAUAAUCCAUCAAUUUAUUCAGACCCAUCUUCAGUUUUCUUCAAUGGGGUUUCAGAGACACUACAAAUCAUCGACUCAUCCCCUGAAACUCUAUUUUCUCCCCCUGUUUCAUCUGAUUUCUCCAACUUUGAAACCCCCCCAGAAAACCCGAACCCCAAUUCCUCCACUCCUCUCCGCCCAUCUGAAACUGUAUCUUUCCAUUCGGCCAUGGAUGAUGCAGGGAUGGCUGAGAUAAGGUCUAUCGGAGAGAGGCAUGAAAUGGAAUGGAAUGAUACAAUGAAUUUGGUCCAUUCAGCUUGGUGGUUGAAGUUUCUUAACAAUCUUGAGAGUGGCCAUGAGAACCAUGGGAGCAGUUGUAACAGUAGUUGUAGUCGCAAUAAUAGAGGGGAAUAUGAAUUGUUUGAGGAGCUGAUGGAUAUUCCUGCCUGGUUACAAGACAAUGCAGAGCACUUGGGUAUCUCUUCAGUGGAGGGAUGCUGUUUGAAUCACUUAUCAGAUGCUUCUGAUGGAUUUUUGCAGGAUACAACUUUGCCAAGCAUGGAUCUUGGAGAAGUUGAAGGUUUAGAUGGCGGAUGGCUGGUUUGAAAACAACAAAGAAUUCUUCUAUUCUAAUGAGGGCCUAUGUUUUUAUGUAUUGUGGAGAAAUAAGGUUUGUCAAGAGAGAGAGUGGCAUGCCAUGGAAGGGAAUAAUGUAUGACCAUUGAUGUCGCCAUUGGAAUUUUUGAAAAAUUGAG